AUGUCCAUUCCCACUCUGCCCCUCUUUGCUGCGGCGCAGCAGCAUGCGCGCGAUCCUCAGAAGAUCGCGGUUCUGGACACGACUAAGCAACAAUCAUUCACUUUUGUCCAACUACUCGCUGAUGCAGCGGCAUUCAAGGAGUGCAUAGUUGGAGCAUUGCAAUUGACCGAUGAUCUGGACGAGCGGCGCAUUGCGUUCCUUGUCCCCAAUGGAUAUGACUAUGUAGUCACGCAGUGGGCUGUGUGGGCAGCGGGCGGCGUAUGCGUCCCCCUGUGCACAUCCCAUCCCGUUGCCGAACUGCUGUAUACUAUCGACGAUUCAGACCCCUCAUUGAUCAUUGUCCACCCCGCGUUUGAGAAGAUCUCCUCGGCCUUGUGCGAGGCAUGUCCGAACAUCCCGUUCAUGGCGCUAGAGCCAUUCACGCGCGCCAAUGCGCCGUGUCUGCCUGCGUUUGUCCCAUCAUUUCCACUCACUCGCCGGGCCUUGAUGAUCUAUACCUCGGGCACCACAUCGAACCCGAAGGGCUGCGCCACAACGCACGAGAAUAUCACGUUUCAAGCAAGCUGCCUGGUCAAGGCAUGGGAGUACUCCCCAUCCGACCAUCUGAUCCAUGUAUUGCCGCUCCACCACGUGCAUGGCAUUAUCAACGGAUUGACGGCGAGUUUUCUGAGCGGCACGACGGUGGAGAUGCACCCGAAAUUCGAUCCCAAGGCCAUCUGGGAGCGGUGGCAGGACCACGGAUCCUCGACUAUGUUUAUGGCCGUGCCGACCAUCUACUCCCGACUCAACGACUAUUUCGACACCCACAUCCGUGAUACAGAUAAGGAAGCGGGCGCGCGAGCCGGGGCGCAAGCCCUUCGGCUGGUGGUCAGUGGAUCGGCAGCACUCCCGACUCCCAUUAAAGCCAAAUUUGCCGAGAUCACCAGACAGACGCUGUUGGAGCGAUACGGCAUGACGGAAAUUGGCAUGGCACUCAGCUGCGGACUGGCAGAAAACCAGCGGAUCGAUGGCAGUGUGGGCUGGCCAUUACCUGGGGUACAUGUACGCCUGACAGACAAGGAAACGGGGCGGGUCAUCGAGGACGCCGAUGAAGAUGGCAUGAUCGAGAUCCAGGGAGGCAAUGUCUUCCGCGAGUACUGGCGCAAACCCGAGGCCACCGCGUCUGAAUUCACCGCGGAUGGGUGGUUCAAGACUGGCGAUGUGGCCAAGCGCGAUGCAGCCGGGGCAUACUUUAUCCAAGGUCGAGCCUCAGUGGACCUAAUCAAAUCCGGCGGGUAUAAGAUCUCUGCUCUGGAAGUGGAGCGCAAGAUGCUGGCACUGGAUGGGAUCCAAGAAGUGGCAGUGGUCGGGCUGGCGGACGAAGAAUGGGGUCAGCGGGUCGCCGCCGUGGUCAAAGUGCGCGAGGGGGCGGCGUUGGAGCUCCCAGCUCUCCGUGCAGAGCUCAAGAACAAAAUGGCUCCAUACAAAACCCCCACCGUUCUCAAGAUUGUGGAUGGGAUUGAGCGCAACGCCAUGGGCAAGGUCAACAAGAAAACAAUUGUACAGAAAUACUGGCCGGACAAGGCCUGA